AUGGCUCCAACCUCUAGGUCCAGCAAGGUAAGGCCGUCCGAUGUGGCGGCCGACACCAAGAGGAACUUUAUACCUCUCGUGAAAGCAAACUAUUCGGAGAUGUUCCCUCCCUAUUCCGUUCUCUACCGGCAGCCCGCGGCACAGCUUGAUGUCCCACGCCGGAAGCCGAGCACUCGUCCCCCCAUGUUUCGAGUCGAAUACGGCGAUCCCGUCAUGAGGGCCAUUUACUAUGCCGCCAUGGAGACUGAGACCAGCGAGGCGGCAGGCGGGCCGAGAGUCCGGAUUCCCUUCAUCUGCGCCGCCAACGACCGUCGUCCCGGGGGAGACUGGGAAACUGGCUGCUCCGGCUACGAGGAGAAGCUCUGCCGGCGAAGCAACCUCUCAGCCACACUGAGCACGCCGUGGCCGACGAUGGGAGAGACGUCCAAUUAUCCCAUCCCGUCUGCCGGGGGCAUUCUCUCGGACUCAGUCGUUGUCUCGCGAGGGCCUCACGAGCGCUACGAGCCACUCGACCGCUGGUACGACCUGCCAGUCGUCUCCGUUCCGCCUACGCGGUGGCCAAAGCUCACGGAGAACGGCACCAAGUACUCCUUUUCGGCGGAAAGGGACAUGAUUCGAGAAAAGAUCCGCGGCGCCCUUCUCAUCUGCCUCUACAACAGCUAUGACCGUGUCGUGAUUGGCGACUUUGGCCUCGGCAACGGCUACCGCAACCCGCCGCGGGAGCUCGCCGAGAUCUGGCGGGACAUUCUCCUCUUCGACCCUCAUCUCCGCGGACAAUUCUCCUAUGUCAUCUUCGUCUUUGAAGACCCCGCACAGAGCACAACUCGCCUGAUCCAAGAGGAGAUGCUCAAGAAGGACCGAAAAAGCAGCGGCGUGUCAAAGGCAAAGUUGCCCCUCGGCUCCGGUGGCACCGGCCCUACCGACAUGGACAUUUUUGAGGGCGUCUUUGACACCGCGGAGAUUGAGCGCGUCCUGUGCCGGCCAGACCCCCGAUACGGGCUCGACAUGAUCACCUCGUGA